AUGGGAGAUGUCAAAGUUGAUGUCGAGUACCUCUCCAUAGGCGCCAACAGACAGACGGCCGCUGGGGAUUGGAAUGUCGAUGGCACUGUUGCCUUUGGGGCAGACACGAAUGUCGCACUAUGGAAACCAAAUGACUCCAUACCAAAGGGUAUAUUCAGGCUCCUCAGUGGACACAAGGACCUCGUCAAAGCCGUCAAGUUCCUACCGCCAGUCUCAUCAUCCACGGCAGGAGACGGAGAUGAGCACCGCGUCGCACAUCUUCUCAGCGGGGGCGAUGACAAGUCUAUCAAGCUUUGGAGGCUGGACACCCAGACAGGCAGCGCAGCAUGCAUCCAGACCGUUCUAGAGCACACUGCGCCUGUCAACUGCAUCGCGGCCCUGAGCAGCAGCAGCAGCAGCAUCGGCAGCCAGCAGGGCGAGGGUAGCACCAUAUUUGCUACAGGAGCAGCAGAUGCGACGGUCAGGAUAUGGCACUUUGACGGCGACGCGAUCAAGGUCCUCCAGACCAUCAAGACGAGCACCCCAAGGUACUUUCCCCUCGCCGUCACGCUCAGCCCUCUCGGCAGCGAUGGCAGCACCUUCAUCCUCGCCUCUGCCGGGACGAGAGAUAUCGUACAAAUCUACACAGGCUCCCUCACCAGACCGUCUUCUUCAUCUUCUGCCAACACCACUCCCACCACCAACUUCGCCCUCAGUGCCACCCUCACCGGCCACGAAGGCUGGAUCCGCUCCCUCGACUUCACGCCCGAAGUCCCUAGCGACCCCUCAGGCGAUCUCCUCCUCGCCUCGGCCAGCCAGGACAAGUACAUCCGUCUCUGGCGCGUCCAUGCCGGCUCCGAGCUGCCUGCCCAAGCCGCUACGGCUUCUGACCCAACUGUCGGCGCCUACCUGCCCGGCAGGUCACCCAGCAACAAGGCCCACCGUUUCAGGGCAGGCACUGAAGCCGAACAAGACUACUCCAUCACGUUUGAGUCGCUCCUCUUCAACCAUGACGACUGGAUCUACAGCGCAAGGUGGCACACGGGCAGUGGAGGCGCCAGCACAUCCUCGUCCUCCGGCCAGCCGCAGCUCCUGUCCACAUCGGCAGACAACUCCCUCGCCGUCUGGGAGGCAGAUCCAUCCACAGGGAUCUGGGUGACCACCGCGCGGCUCGGCGAGAUCUCGCGCGAAAAGGGCGCGACGACAGCAACGGGGAGCAUCGGUGGUUUCUGGACAGGCCUGUGGUCGCCAUCCGGGGCCUCGAUCCUCACCCUCGGCCGCACCGGGUCCUGGCGCCGUUGGGACUGGGACCCGUCGUCGUCAUCAGGCCCCGCCUGGGUUCAGAACAUUUCUGUGUCAGGCCACGUCCGUCCCGUCACCGGCAUCGCCUGGUCUCGCACUGGCAGCGGCGACGACGGCAACGGCAACACAAGGAACAACACCUACCUCCUCUCCACAAGCGCCGACCAGACGACCCGCCUGCACGCGCGCUGGCAGGAACAGGGCACAUGGCACGAGAUGGCCCGCCCCCAGAUCCACGGCUACGACCUGAACUGCAUCGAUGCCCUGUCCGGGACCAGGUUCGUGUCCGGCGCUGACGAGAAGCUCAUGCGCGUCUUUGACCAGCCGCGGGCCGUGGCGAGGCUGCUGCACGGCGUGGCGGGCAUCGGCUCUGCUCCAGACGCCAGCAUGCCGGACGCGGCGAACAUGCCUGUCCUCGGGCUUAGCAACAAGGCCACGGUCGACGAGGAGGAUGCUGCUGCUGCUGCUGCCACCGCCGCCGCCGCCGCCGCCGAUGCUUCUUCUACUGGCGCCACCACCGUCGUCAUCAACGACCCUGAGACAGCAAACGGCGUCGCCGUGAUGGCUGCUCCCCACCGCCCACCCCUCGAGGAGGCUCUGUCGCGGCACACGCUGUGGCCCGAGGUUGAGAAGCUAUACGGUCACGGCUACGAGAUCUCCUGCCUGGCAGCGAGCCAUGACGGGCGCCUGGUGGCCAGCGCGUGCCGCGCCAGCAGUCUCAACCACGCCGUCAUCCGCCUCUUCGAGACAGACCGCUGGACGGAGCUGCGGCCCCCACUGGCCGCGCACUCGCUUACAGUUACACGCCUGCGGUUCAGCGGGGACGACAGGUACCUGCUGAGCGUGGGCCGCGAUAGGCAGUGGGCUGUCUUCGAAGAGAGGAGGAAGGAGGGAGGAGGAGGAGGAGGAGGAGAGGGGGAGGUAGGGUGUUAUGAGCUGCUACAGGCCGAGCCGAAGGGGCAUACGAGGAUGAUCCUCGACGCAGCCUGGGCGCCUGCGGUCGUCGUGGGAGGGAUCUUCGCCACGGCGGGGAGAGACAAGAACGUCAAGGUCUGGGUGAUGAGGAGCGGGGAGGAGGACGGCAAGUUCAGGCUGGCUGCGACCAUCGUGUGCGACCAGCCCGUGACGGCCGUCGACUUCCUCGAUAGACCCGACGCCGAGGGCCGGCUCGUGCUGGCCUCUGGCAGCGAGGCGGGCAAGAUCAGCAUACAUGUCCUCCAGGUGGACAGCGACGACAACGGUGGGGGGAAAGUGACUGUCGUUUCGACGUCGACGCUCCAGCCAGAGUAA